AUGAAGAAGAAGGAAGGAUUUACUUGGACCGCCGAGUGUCAGCAAUCGUUCGAAGAGCUGAAGCAAUAUCUUUCAACACCUCCGGUAUUGUCUACUCCCCAGGCCGGCGAGCCCUUACUUUUGUACUUAGCCGCCUCCUCUAAGGCGGUGAGUUCGGUGCUAGUCCGAGAAGAGGAGCGCGUUCAGCACCCGGUUUAUUACGUAAGCCGCUCCCUGAAGGCCGCCGAGUUACGGUACACCGCCCUGGAAAAGAUUUUAUAUGCGUUGGUGAUCACCGUGCGGAAGCUAGCACCGUACUUCCAAGCCCACACCGUCCGAGUGUUGACUGACCAACCGCUUGGGAGUGUCCUGCGAAACCCCUCGUCGUCUGGCCGACUGGUGAAAUGGGCCGUGGAAUUAACCCAGUAUGGGAUUGAGUACCAGCCCUGGCCUUCCAUAAAAGGUCAAGCCUUGGCCGACUUCUUGGUCGAGUGCACGGCGAGCGAAGAAGAAAAGGAGCGUGCCACUGAGACCAAUUUAGGCGAGUGGUGGGAAAUGCACGCGGACGGAGCGUCGAGUCGACGACAUUGUGGGGGUGGAAUUAUGCUCAUCACCCCGGAGGGAUUCCGGCUGUACUACGCCUUAAGCUACUUAUUCCCGACAUCCAACAACGAAGCCGAAUACGAAGCUGUGCUGAAUGGUCUCCGCCUCGCCAAGACCCUAGGAGUCAAGCGACUGAGAAUCAAGACUGACUCCAGGUUGGUAGUUGGGCAGAUAUCCGGCACGUGCGAGGCUAAGAGCCCGCGGCUGACUUUAUAUAAAGAGCGGGCGGUCGAGAUGCUAAAGGAGUUUGGAGCCUACGAGAUAGAAUAUAUCGCCAGGGUAGACAACGUAGAAGUCGACAUAUUAUCUAAGAUUGCCUUAGAGGGAGUACCGGACCACCUUGUGAAGAUCUGCCAGAAGGAGGAACUGGAUCGACCGAGUAUCGAGGAAACGACAUUAGAAGUCCAGCAGGUAACUGGCAAGGAAUGGGACAGGGAGAAAAACCCCGAGAUGUUCUGGAUAGAGGACAUUCGGCAAUUCAAAGAAGCAGGCGAAUUACCGGAAGACCCGGGGGUCGCCGCCAGGGUCCGACGAAAAGCCCCUUCUUUCGAGAUUAUUGAUGGACAACUGUACAAACGGUCAUUCAGAGGUCCUUUGUUGAGAUGCUUGCUCAGGCCCGAGGCCGAGAAAAUAAUGGACGAAGCUCAUAGAGGCAUCUGCGCCGCACACCAGGGCGCCCACACGCUCGCCCGCAAGUUAGUCGUCCAGGGGUAUUAUUGGCCGACUAUGAUGCGAGAUUGCAUCGAGUGGAUUUCCAAAUGUGGCAUUUGUCAGGCGUUCGCCAGAAAGGACACUCGGCCGGCUACAUUCUACACGCCGGUCACCACGGCUAUCUCAUUUGCUAAGUGGGGAAUCGACUUAUUGGGCCCAUUACCGGUAGCCCCCGGGGGCCUGAAAUUUUGUGUCGUGGCUAUCGACUACUUCACCAAGUGGGUCGAGGCUGAACCGUUGGCCACUAUCACCGAGUACCAAUGCCGACGCUUCCUAUGGAAGAGGGUGAUUUGCCGCUUCGGCUUGCCCGAGCAUAUUGUCAGCGACAAUGGGUAA